AUGACUGGAAUAUUUGUGGACACGCUGAAGGACCCAUUCUUUGAUAGAUUGGUGAGUAGUGCAACAUCCGAUUUUGCGCAUCUGGUCACAAUCGGAGAUCGCAUAGAAAAGGGUAUGAGGGAUGGAAAGAUUUCAGGAGCCGUGGCAACCCCUAGUGCACCAAAAAAGUAUUCUGGAGGCUUCCAGAAGAAAAGAGAAGGUGAAACAAAUGUUGUAUCUAGAGGCUAUAAGGGGAAGCAACAAGCUUCAUAUGGCCAAGUCGCCGCCGUGGUACCCAUACCUUAUCAACAACCCAUACAACAACAACCAAUGUAUCAACCACAUCAUCAACAACCUCGUCAACAACAGAACACAGCACCACCAAGACAAUUCAGGACAAGGCCUCCAAGAAGGCAACUUGACCCUCUACCAGUACCUUAUAGCCAAAUAUUCCCAUAUUUGCAAAAGGAGGGCCUUCUGACAUUGAGGGAGCUAAAACCGGCUGUCUUUCCAUAUCCACCAGGAUAUGAUGCUAACGCCCAUUGUGAAUUUCACAUGGGAGCGCCCGGCCAUACCCUGGAGAAUUGUUUUGCAUUCCAAAAUAAGGUACAAGACCUGAUUGAAGCAAAAAUUGUUACCUUCACUCCGAGACGCCCGAACGUGAACACCAAUCCCAUGCCAACACAUGGAGAUGCUUCCGUCAGUGCCAUUGAGGGGAGUGCUCAAGGAGAACUGAUUCUUAAAGUUGAAGAGAUUCAAACCCCUAUCACCAGGAUAGGGGCACAGUUGCUAAAAAAUGGCCUAGUCCCAGAGGAGUUAGUCAAUGAUGAGAAUGAGAAAGGGUUGAGGAAUUUUAUACAACAAAUGCUGGAUCGAGGCGAGUUACAGAUAAAUCGUCGUGUUAAGAACAAGGGAGAGGAAGAGAUAGUCGUCGUGGUGGACAUCCUUUAUGAUGAGGUUAACGUGGACAUCCCUUUAGAUGAGGUUAAUGUGGCCAUCCCUUAUGAUGAGGUUAAUGUGGAAAUCCCCAUAAACCCAUUGGUGAUAGAGUUUCCAGCACCGUUCGCGUAUAAGGAUGAGAAGGCGGUACCAUGGAUAUAUCAGCCCAGAGCUUUUAAGCAAGGGCAGGAAGACCGACCCGUGGUAAUCAACGAAACAAACGUUACCUCAAUUAUGGGGCCAGCCGAAAUGACGCGCAGUGGCCGAGUGUUCGCGCCAAGGGCUGUUGAUACUUCUACAAAAGCCAAAGGGAAAGAAGUUGCUACUCCUGUCCAAAUCCCUGUCCCUAGUCGAGAAAUGCAAGAAAUGCAUCUGUAUCCUAAAGUUGCGGUCACUCGUGAGGAGGCUGAGGAAUUUCUAAGGAUAAUCAAGAAAAGUGAUUAUAAAGUGGUAGACAAGUUGAAUCAAACACCUUCAAAAAUCUCCAUGUUAUCUCUUUUGCUCAACUCAGAAGCACAUAGGAAUUCAUUAUUGAAAGUAUUAAGCGCAUCACAUAUCACGAAAGACAUAACGAUAGAACAGUUUGACGAUGUGAUAGCUUACGUAACCACUGGAAAUUUUUUGGGAUUUAACGAUGAUGAACUGCCAGUUGAGGGAAAGAACCAUAACAAGGCCCUACAUAUCUCCUUGAAAUGCAUAGACACUAUACUAUCAAGGGUAUCAGUAGACACAGGUUCCUCACUGAACGUCAUGCCAAAAACCACCUUGAUAAAGCUGCCAUGGAGGGGAUGA